CCGCAACACCGCGCUUUAGCAUCGCGCUUGAGAACAUGAGCAAGUCAAUAAUCACCCCCGCAUCACAUAUCUAGAACCUUGCGGUCUACACCUCCUGGUCAGCAUUGGAUGAUAUCUAACUCAUUACAUCAUGAACCCCUCUUUCGAUCCGUCACUGUCGACAAGUGGCAUGCGUCCGCCUCUGACGUCGGCCGAUGCCCCCUCGAUGGCCGACUCCCUUCCCAGUAUUAAUUUUGGAUUCGAAGAUCUACGGAAUCGCAUGGCGCAAUUCACCGCGCGCUUCGAUGCGUUCAUUGAGCGGGGUCGUAAGCAAGUCUUGGAGGAGAGGAACCAGUUCAAGAUAGGACUGGCAGAGCUACAGGAGGAUGAACGCAUGAAGCAGAGAGACAUUGAGAUUCUUGACCUGAAAUCGCAAACUCACCAGCAAACACUCCAGAAGGAAGCAGCUGAAGCAGCGGAAAUGCAUGCCGCCAUCUCGUCUGUGGCUCUGGAACGUGACUCCCGCCUCGCGAAGCGCGACCGCCUCAAGCAACAAAUCGACGAGACUCAGAAGGCGAUCAGUCAGAAGCAGGAGGCGCAGAAGACGCACGCCAGAUAUCUAGAUGCACAGGCUCGGCUGAAUGUGCCAGAGUUGGAAUUCUGGCAGGACUAUCUGUGCCUCCGCAUUGAAGGGGCAGGACGGGAGGAUCGGCUAAAGUUUGUUUACACUCACCUGCUUGAAAAAGACUGGGAAGCGGAGGCUUGGUUUGAACUCGGCACGGCCAGUCGAGACUACGCUGUAUUUCACACACGACCCAAGGUCAACCGGGAGGCUCUUGAGCGGGAGCUGGAUAUUGUGAAUGAGGAUCGUGACUUUGGUGCAUUUCUGAAAAGGAUGCGGAGGCUAUUCGUCGAUACAAUGAAAUAGGGAUGAGAUCAAGGAGAUGAAAUUGUUGGAAAUGCAAGUAAUGAACUAAUGUAUAUCAAUGCAAUGUUUGCC